UACACACACCUGUACACAUGAGCACAGCACGCCCAAACAGCAAAGUCCGCAGUCUACAGUACAGAGGCAGCCACACCCGUACCAGUCCAGAGGCCCCCCACCCCCCAUGAGUGGUCCCCCUAAGCCGGCCCAUGCUGCCCCACCCCCUCCUGCGUCCCCGCGGCACACCCAGGGGGGUGCCCCACCCCCUCAACACCAACAGCAGCAGGUGAGCCGACAGCAGACAGCGUACUACGUGAGCCAGUCUCAGGCCGCGCCCCAACACAGCAUACAGCCUCCACAACACGGCGGUCCCUACCCACAGCAGAGUUCCCCCCACCCCCAGCAAGGAUCUCCCCACCCUCAACAGGGACCUCCCCACCCACAGCAGGGAUCCCCCCACCCUCAACAAGGAUCUCCCCACCACCCACAGCAGAGUUCCCCCCACCCCCAGCAGGGUGCCCCCCACCCCCAGCAAGUAGGCCCCCACCCUCGGACCUCUCCCCACUCCCCACAUGUGGCACAGCAGCACGCGACCUACGUUUACUCUGCACAACAGCCCCGUGCAAAAGUUCAUGCAUGA